AUGCGAUCAAAAACGAGUAACUUUAACAUUCAAUUGCAAUGUUAUGUUUUGCCGAGCAUUACAACGAGUUUGCCGGCAUCUCAUAUUUAUUACGACACACUCCUCAUCCCAGACAACGUAUGUCUCGCGGACCCCACGUUCAACAUUCCAUCAGAAAUCGAUUUGCUGAUUGGUGCUGAUGUUUAUGGGGAUUUAUUGGAAGCGGAUAGAAUUCGAUUAUCAAACGGUCCAUACCUACAAAACUCGAAGUCGAAUGUUGAUACACACUUACGUAAAUUUUGGGAGCUAGAAGAAGUUGUAAAUUCGGGUUCGGUAUUAACCGAAGAAGAACGUCAGUGUGAGGAAUAUUUUAUUAAAACCACUACACGAGAUAAUAGUGGCAGGUUCUCAGUUCGAGUACCAUUGAAGGAAUCAGCUGAUGUUCUCGGUGACUCAUACGAGAGGGCAAAAUCACGCUUCUUGUCAUUAGAGCGGAAAUUAGAUAAAUCCCCUUCGUAUAAAAGGUUAUACAGUGACUUUUUACGGGAAUAUAAUGACCUAGGGCAUAUGUCUAAAAUAAACGAAUACGCAUGGCCGCAUUAUUUCCUACUACAUCAUGGGGUAUUCCGCGAGCACAGCAGUACAACAAAACUUCGUGUAGUGUUUGAUGCUAGUGCCGCAACCACAUCGAAUAAGUCGUUAAAUGACAUACAGAUGAUAGGCCCUCCUCUCCUAAACGAUAUUCCGCGGCUUGAACUUUGUGGUGCUUUGCUCGGCGCGCGGCUAUAUCGUAAAAUUUUAAGUUCGUUAAGGCUUACGUUUACAAAAGUUUACUUUUGGACAGAUUCCACCAUAGUCAUGGGCUGGAUUAGAAUGCCUCCUCAUAAUUUAAAAACGUUUGUCCAAAAUCGAGUGUCUCAAAUAAACGAUCUUACGGGAGACGCGAUUUGGUUGCAUAUUAAAGGCACAGAUAAUCCUGCAGAUAUUGUGUCGAGGGGCCUCCACUUAAACGAACUCCAAGACAAUGACCUGUGGUGGCACGGGCCAGCCUUUUUACAGAGCCAUGACAUUGAAUGGUCAAAUAAUGUUGUCAUAGAUAAUGAAAAAUUGCCUGAAUUGAAGGUUCAACAUGCGAGUAUGGUGUGUAGUAAUCAGAAUAGUGAUUGCUUAGUAGAUUUUAAUAGAUUUUCUUCAUUCAAUCGGCUGCGUCGAAUGUCAGCCUAUGUACUUAGGUUCAUCGGUAACACACGUGUUAGUAAACAAGACCGAAAAACCGGUUCCUUAUCUGUUAUUGAGUUGGACGCUGCAACUAUUAUGUUAGCACGGCUUGCACAACUGCAAUCGUUUAAUAGCGAAUAUAGCGAUUUAGAUAAGAAAUCGGUUGUAAAAUCUAAAAGAAUACUAGGUUUAAAUCCUUUUCUUGAUGAAUUUAAAUUAAUACGCGUUGGCGGAAGGUUGAGUAACUGUAAUUCUUUUAAUAACAACAAGAAACAUCCUAUUCUGUUGUGUGAUCCUAACGACCUCCAACCCCUCACACCAGCCCAUUUCCUUAUCGGCCGGCCAUUGACUGCUCCAGCCUGCAGAGAUCUGACUGAAAUAUCGAUUCAUCGGUUAAUGCGCUACGACGUUAUUGAGCAGAUGAGGCAAAUAUUCUGGAAACGAUGGGCGAAGGAAUAUGUGGCGGAGUUGCAGACGCGCACUAAGUGGAAAACUCGUCAAGAUUCUCUUGCGAUCAAUCAACUGGCUUUGAUAAAAGACGACAACCUGCCGCCACUAAAAUGGAAGUUAGGGAGAAUCAUACGAAUGUAUCCUGGAACCGAUGGGAUCUCAAGGGUGGCCGACCUACUGACGUCAUCGGGCAUCACACGUAGGGCAUUCUCGAAAAUAUGCCCCCUGCCAGUAUCACCAUAGCAGACGAUGUGUCUGCUAAUUCGGAAUGCUGAAAAUGUUGGAACCGGCUGUUUCCAAGGCCGGGGCCAUGUUAGCGCCAUGUAAACGACGCCAUGUCAACCUGCGACGUGCUGCGCGCGCCGCUGGACUUUGGCUGUCACAUUUUUUGUCAUUGAAGAAAAAUUUUCUUUUCGCUUUUUAUUUGUCUCAAUAAAUUGUAUACGAUUAUAUUAUAAUAAACGAUUAUAAUAAACGAAUAUAUGCGUAUCAAACA